AUGUGGGAAAAUGAAGUCCAGGUUAAAUCGUUUGAAGACGAAACUGAAGUAGCUGAUCAUAUUUUGGAAGAUGAUGCUAAAACACAGAAGGAAGAUUUUACUACUUCACAAAAAUACAUAAAGGAAAAAUGCACCGAUGCAGAAGGUGAUAAUACCGGCAGGAAUUCAGCGCCAAAGAGUACAAAAACGGUUGCAGCUUUGAAGGACACAAGAACAUCCAAGGGUGGAUCCAGCAGCAUUAAGGACGAACGCCAAUGCAGCAAGCCCGAUGACGAUAAAUCAAAGAGAAAAGAUGAGAAGUCCGGCGACAAAAAGGAUAAAGACAUUAGUGAACAAAAAUCAUCUUCAAACAAGACUUCGCAGAAGGAUGACAAAGUGAAUACAUCUACAAAAUUGUCGUCCAAAGGAAAGCAGACAAAACCUUCACGUAAUCUUUUGGUAUCGGGGUUAUCUUCAUUAACGAGAGCCAGUGAUCUGAAAACUAUAUUUUCUAAAUAUGGCAAAGUUAUCGGAGCCAAAGUGGUCACCAACUCCCGAACUCCGGGAACACGUUGUUAUGGCUACGUAACAAUGUCAUCAUCGUCGGAUACCAGUCGAAGUGUCGCCAAAAGACGUGUGGAUACAGCAAAAAAAGAUGAAGACAAGAAGAUACGAGACACAACUUCUAAGACGAGAGACGACAAACAAACUAUUGAUACAAAGGAGGAUGCAUCAAAGAAACCUGAAGUGGAGAAAGAUAAGCAACGCGAUAAAGAAAUCCUUUUCCAGGACCAUAAUAAAAAAGACGUAAGUAAAACUAUCGAAAUAGCCGAAAUAGAUCCAGUUGGAAAAGCGGAUGUAGUAACAACCAUUUGGGAGUUACUAAUACCAUGGCAGCUUGCGUUAACAAACGAAACGUCGAUUACAAUCUGCGGUUGGAAGUCACUUUUGUCGCCCAGGAGAAUGUUCAAAAAUGAACAUGGCUCACAUUUUGGAAAAAUGUGGGAAAAUGAAGUCCAGGUUAAAUCGUUUGAAGACGAAACUGAAGUAGCUGAUCAUAUUUUGGAAGAUGAUGCUAAAACACAGAAGGAAGAUUUUACUACUUCACAAAAAUACAUAAAGGAAAAAUGCACCGAUGCAGAAGGUGAUAAUACCGGCAGGAAUUCAGCGCCAAAGAGUACAAAAACGGUUGCAGCUUUGAAGGACACAAGAACAUCCAAGGGUGGAUCCAGCAGCAUUAAGGACGAACGCCAAUGCAGCAAGCCCGAUGACGAUAAAUCAAAGAGAAAAGAUGAGAAGUCCGGCGACAAAAAGGAUAAAGACAUUAGUGAACAAAAAUCAUCUUCAAACAAGACUUCGCAGAAGGAUGACAAAGUGAAUACAUCUACAAAAUUGUCGUCCAAAGGAAAGCAGACAAAACCUUCACGUAAUCUUUUGGUAUCGGGGUUAUCUUCAUUAACGAGAGCCAGUGAUCUGAAAACUAUAUUUUCUAAAUAUGGCAAAGUUAUCGGAGCCAAGGUGGUCACCAACUCCCGAACUCCGGGAACACGUUGUUAUGGCUACGUAACAAUGUCAUCAUCGUCGGAUACCAGUCGAAGUGUCGCCAAAAGACGUGUGGAUACAACAAAAAAAGAUGAAGACAAGAAGAUACGAGACACAACUUCUAAGACGAGAGACGACAAACAAACUAUUGAUACAAAGGACGAUGCAUCAAAGAAACCUGAAGUGGAGAAAGAUAAGCAACGCGAUAAAGAAAUCCUUUUCCAGGACCAUAAUAAAAAAGACGUAAGUAAAACUAUCGAAAUAGCCGAAAUAGAUCCAGUUGGAAAAGCGGAUGUAGUAACAACCAUUUGGGAGUUACUAAUACCAUGGCAGCUUGCGUUAACAAACGAAACGUCGAUUACAAUCUGCGGUUGGAAGUCACUUUUGUCGCCCAGGAGAAUGUUCAAAAAUGAACAUGGAAAGGCAUUAAAGAAAGCAAAAAUUGAAGAAAACAUUAAAAUUCUUGAAAAGUACCAAAAAGAAUUCGAUACCAACCACGAAAAUUUAAUGGCAGAUGGCAUAGGAGAAGAAGAUUACUUCAAGAAGAAUGAAUACAAUAACACUAUGAUUAAAAUCGAAGAGGCAAUCAAUGCAUUAAAGAUGAGCAUUUUAAAAGAUAAGCCUCUAGUCGAAUUUGAUCGGCAAAUUGAAACAGUUCAAAUACGAUGCACUAAUCCAGAUCAAAAAACUUCCAUACUCAUGAGGAAAAUUGAAAACCUCAGAAGAAAAAUGGAAGAUCUAAGCAUGGAACUAACGAUUGACAACGAUCAAAUAAAAGGCUUAGACUGCUUAUUCAAUGACAUCCAAAAUCUAAAAAGCAAAUUAGAUUUUAAUGUUGAAAUUGAAGACAUAUUCGAAAAAAUAUGUGACGAAUAUUACGAAGAUCUUCAGAAUUUAAAAAGGAAAUUAAAAAAGAAGAGCCUAAAAUUUCUUUUCGCCCUAACUUUGAAGAAAGAAAAAUAA